AUGUUCAAUCAUUUUGAUAUUGGAGUUCUAAAUCCUUUAACAUGGCCAAGAAGAAUUAUUGUCAACACCGUUUCCGCAUUCAGUGAUCAAAAAGAGGGCAUUUGGCUUGGUAAGAAGUCAUUAAAAAAUUCACGAAUUGGUUGUACAGUAGCUCCUGGAUUUGAUUUAUUUCAUUGGUCAAUAAUGAUCAAUGGACAUCUUUAUGAAAUAACAGUAGAUGAAAAAGAAAGUGCAAAAGCAAAUGGUGCAUACAAUACAACUGAAGACCAAGAUUAUAUAAAUCGCUUUGAAUGGAUUCGAUUAAUUGGAAAUUCAACAAAAACUCACUCUGAAUUGAUUGUAAAAUGUAACAGAUCUACAAAGUCUUAUUUUCUGGUCCCGUACGAGUUAGGAAUGGUAAAUGAUAAAAUGAACUGUCAACAAUUUGUGCAUAUGCUUUAUGCUUAUGCUUGUGAUAUAACUGUACUUCAAGCUACAAUUAAUACUAACAUAGUAUCCGGGAAUAUAUUACUUUAG